CUCUCGUCCAGACCUCAGGUCCGAGUCUUGGACGUACUUUCGCCCGUUGUUUAGCAAUGGCUGACAUUUUAGUUCUUAGGGGAGCUGAAGCUCUUCGUAGAGUGUCUUUUCGUAACGAUAUCCAAAGAUUCCCGAUCCGCACUCUAGCAGAGAUGGCCGAUUCUACAAGCCAUUCCACACAGGCACAGCUGGCCAAGUCCGAAGGCGCUCAGACCGACGAUGAGACUGCCCUAACGCCUGAUAAUACCACGACUCCUUCUCUAAGCUCUUCGCCUCUCCAACAAGCUGUGGUUGAUCCUCCUAAGUUAGACGAUGGGCCUAAGAGCCCUCGAAUGUCGAGGAAUCCCUCUUUCUCCGGGAGCAGCUCCUAUCAUGAAGACUGGGAUUCCUAUCCUCCUCUGGACCGAUUGACGGUUUUAGACCUGCUCGACAAUUUCGCAUUGCCUCAACAAUUGGAAAAGCUGCAAAAGGGGAUCUCAGCUCAGACCGAAAAGGUCCGCAAAUCGCGAGCCGCCCUCAAAACCAAAAGCCAAGAGGCAAGGGAGCGCAUGGUCGAAGAAUGGCGGCGACGAGUACCUUCAGCUGAUGAGCAAUUGGAGAGGUAUAGAAAACGCAUGAAGCAGAGUGUCGAAAGAUUAGGCCGUAGAUGGAACGAUACCAAAGUUGUCACAUUGCGCGAGAAGGUUUCCUUCAUCGGCGGCGUCAUGAAUAUUUUCAUCAGCGGCUACCUAAUAGGCGCCUAUCCCGAAUACUUCCAUCUUUGGUACGGGGCCCAGCUCAUCUAUUUCAUGCCUAUCCGCUUCUAUACCUAUCGCAAACGCGGUUAUCAUUACUUCUUGGCCGACCUCUGCUACUUCGUCAACCUCUUGCUCUUCCUCACCAUAUGGGUCUUUCCAUCCUCCAAGAGGUUGUUUAUCGCCGCUUACUGUUUAGCCUUCGGGAACAACGCCGUGGCAAUCAUUAUGUGGCGUAAUUCGCUCGUGUUCCACGACUUCGACAAAGUAACGUCUCUGUUCAUCCACAUCAUGCCGGUUGCCACAUUACAUUGCAUCACCCAUCUGUAUCCUCCCGAUGCGCAGCGCGAACGAUUUCCCGCACUCUGGACCGUCAAAACCUCUCCGCCAGGCUCACCAACAGCUUAUGGAAACCUUAUAUCGAUGCUUGCCUGGUCUACCAUCCCGUACGCCGUUUGGCAGCUUACCUAUUAUUUCUUCAUCACAGUUCGAAGGCGCGAAAAGAUCGCGGCUGGACGGCCUACAUCCUUUACCUGGCUACGUCGUUCAUACUCGAAGACCUGGAUUGGUAAAAUCGUGCUUUCGCUACCAGACAGUCUGCAGGAGUUCGCUUUCAUGCUGAUACAGUACCUAUACGCCGUGCUGACCAUGUUGCCCUGUCCCUUGUGGUUCUAUAGUCGAUGGGCAUCAUCCACUUUCCUCAUGAUUGUUUUUACGUGGAGUGUCUAUAAUGGCUCGACGUAUUACAUCGAUGUGUUCGGCAAGCGAUUCCAGAAGGAACUUGAAGAGUUGAAGGCCGAGGUUGCUAAGUGGCAGAAUAGCCCCGAUGGGCUUGGUUCCCCGACAAUGACACCGACGCCGCUGCCCGAACUCGAAGUGAAGAACGGCACUACGGAUGUCGAGGGGGCAGAAAAGGCUGUCCAAGUUCAAGACCCUGCCAGUGGGCGGCGUUUAAGCGUGGACGAGAUUCCACUAUUGAACGAGGAGAAAUCAAACAAGGAGAACCCCUCUUCUGAAGAGAAAGGUGUAGUGGCUAGUGGAAUUGAUGACGGCGAUGAGGAUGCUGUUCGAGCAAGAAAACCUACGGGGGCAGUCCCAUCAUGAAAUAACCAUCUUUAUUAGACAUACUGUCUUCUCAGGUGGAAAAUAUUUUAGGGGAUG